AUGACCGGAGAGCUGACGCGAUUUGCCCCGGGUCAUAUGAACCCCUUGCACGACACUACAUAUCUUACAUCUCCUCUGGAAUCCAUCGUAAACUCAUUGGAACCUAAUUCCCUCCACUCCAACCAUGACUUACUGGAUGCAUACAACACCUUCUCAAAUAGAAUCAGGGCUGAAGCUCAAGAGCUUCAGCAGAGCUCUGCUUCACUUCCUGCCUUGGAGUCCUUACGCGCCAAAGCACCUGGAUUUAGUCAAGCUCUAAGGCGUGACCUUGCCCUCGCACACAUCGAUCCAUUUAUACCUCCUCGGGCCCUCACUUCCGGGGAAUCGCUAUUAUCAGGGCCCCGACAAUCAACUGCCGAUGUGGUCAAACAUGCGGGGGAUUCAUCUGCCAUUUGCCAGCAGGCCCUUUGCGCCCUGUCUGACAUUUUCAGAUUCCAUAAUUUGUAUUCAUUGUUUUCUGGUUCCGAUAUCUCGAGUCUUUUAGCCGAAAUUCUCAACAUUACACACUCUCGGCGACUACCAAUUCUGAACAGCGCGAAAGUGUUCUCUCUUGCGUUGUGGAUCCUGGGUUCUCAGCGCUUGCCGGAAGGUUUGUUAUCAUCACAGGCGUCAGACAUAGUUUCCGUCCUCCGCAGCACAUUGUACACUCAACCUAUUGGGCAGCAAUUCGCUCAGCAUACAGAGGACGGCCUCAAGGGCGUAUGCCACCUUUUGGAAUUCUACCCAACAACGUUCUUCGUUCAUGCAAUUCAGCAGCUACCUUUGGUCCUCUCGCAUUUGCUGUGUAAUUCUUAUGCUGUCCGCCUUCAAGCUGUACUAGUUCUAGGGAGAAUGGCUCUCAGUUUGUUGAACAGCUCCUUCGAUAUCUCCCUUGAUCACCGCAAAGUCAUCUCAGACUUCGUUCUAGACUUCCUGGACAAACAAUGGCCCAAAACAGCUUCAACACAGAUCUCGGAGUUUCACCACAUUGCCAAGGCAGCCAUAGCUGCGGAGGAGAAAUCCGAACUUGUUGAGGGACCCGUUUGGCUUUUGUCGAUGAUGUCUUCCCUCGUCAUCCUCUCCGAUCACUGUUUAUUUUCUCACUCCGACACAUUCAAAUAUUUUAUGCAGCUCGCUGUACUGGGCUAUGCACAUGUGAGAUCUGUGGUUCGGGGAUUGGCUCAACGUCUCUGGUCAUGCCUUGCCAUUGCGUUUACAAGGAUACCUGACCAAGACAUACGAACCAAAGAAGCUGUCUUUCUCUACCUUGAUCGAAAACCUCUAAGUGACGUAGGAAUCGCAGUUGUUACAAUGCUCCUGAAUACGUCAGCCACGCCAUCAUCGUCCUCAUCUGAGCAAAUUACAUCCUUUGACGCGGUAUCUAGAGCCCUCACCCUUGUGCACGAUAUGGCACACGAUUCCGAUAAACGCAUCUCUUCUGACGGUCUUUCGCUUCUUCACAAGCUCAUGGGCGGAGUGGGCGCUCCCGCACCGUCUACUCCUGGCAUGACUACGAGUUCACCCAGGUUACCCACGUCAUUAUUUGACGGCAGCUUACUCACUGGCAAAUGGGAUCGGUCUACACUCCGUUCCAUCUAUCCCUCUUCACUCACGGAGGUACGGCAUCUAUCCGAGGGAGAGAUUGUUCGCCACCGAAUACGUCUGCGCUCCAUAUGGUUACACCUGGCUCAGUCACGGAUUUCGUACGAAAGUUGCUUGCCACCCAAAUUGAUCGAAAUCUGGCAGUCUCUGCUCUUAGCAGAGUCACAACUGACCCAAGCAUUCCAUCACGCUAUUUCGGCGGAUCUCGCGGAAGAAUCAGCACUCGUCAUCGCUGGCUUUAUCCCACAGACCCCAGGGAAUUCCGAGGAACCAGAUUCUACGAUAUUAAUGACGGCUCAAGUUCGUGCACUGGCUGCUAUCACGCAACUAUGGUCUAUGAUGAAAAACGCCUUCACUCCAAAAUGCAUAUCUAUUGCUGCGAAGAUCAUCCUGACGAAUUUAUUAAAGCACGAUUUUCGUCUCAGUGACAAGAGUGUGCUGGAUCGGUGGAGCAAGCUCUGUGCCGACCUCAUUGUUGCCGCUAUGCCCUUGUGGACCCAAGAGCUUUUUGCUAUGAGCUCCUCGCAGGUAACAGAAACUAUCGCACGACAAUUGUGGUCACUUGUAGCGCAGUCGCUGAUAUCACAGUCCGAAAUAUCCUGUUGGCUGGACACAGUGAAACUUCUCGUCGUUCCUUUGGGGUCAUGGACGAUGUCUGACGUGGAGUUAGAUGUCUGGAACUCAUUGCUGCAGAAGACCCUCACUUCUGCGAGUCAGGCUUCUACAGAAUUAUCAACUGUUAUCGACGCUAUCGCUCAGGCUGUGUUACCAGUGGCAUGUGUGGACCGCAUGAUAUUUUUGCAAAUCCCUCUGUCACACCUCUUGUCUUGUUUCAUCCCUGAUGCGAGCUUGUGUCCUCCGGAUUCGUUAUUAAGCAUCGUCAACUCUGUUUUGAAGGGCACUUACAAGACUAGUGUGGAGUUGAUGAACGGCUCUCUGCAACUUCUUCACAGCAUCCAAACAACCAUCGUGGUUUCCUCGCCGAGUCACGUGUUGCAUAUCCUUGAGUCACUUCGGGCAGGACUGCAACUGUGGAUUGAAGACAAAGAGGAGGUGUUGACGGAGAAUGAGUUCAAUCUUGUGAUCAUGCCAUUGUAUUCAGACACGCUCGCGGUUCUGGAACGGCAUCCUCUCGGUCUCGACUUUCUGAAUUCAGUAGAAUUCUUUUUGGCUGCUGGGUUUUCGCGCAUAAUUGCGCCAGCCCUUGCACCGCUUGCGUUUGAAAGAUUCUGGAGGGCAACAUAUCAUGGGCAACAUCAAUUCUCUUCGAACAUUCCUGCUGGCGUAAUAUCAGUGUUGAAGGCGUUCACUACAGUGUUCGGAGGUGACUUAUUGGCCGGGUUCCCACCGGACUCACAAUCAACAACAAGCUCCGGCUUUCCCUCUUCCCCUAUCAGAGGAAAUCAUUCAGCCGCAGAACACCUUUCUUCUGCUGUUUUCGACGAUACACAUUGCGUAGAACACACCUUUGGCAACGCGACUCUACGAAGUGUAUCUGUGUUGCCUUUUCACAGUGUAUCUACAGUACUUCCGCGUGACCCUGCAUCACUGUCUCAAGGCGACAUGCUUCACAACCCGCAGAACAUCCCAAGCAGCGCUGACGAAAUUCCUGCAUUAAACAUCCCUGAUUCCCGUCAGGUUGGGAUAAUCCCAUUGAAUGGACAGUCACUUUCACCACGCUUCUCUCCAUUGACAAAGUCCACGCAUCAAACUGGUCAAGGGUCAAAAAGAAGCCACAAAUAUCAAGAUACCACGCCACAAAAACGACGCCGAACGAUCUCAGGAACGCAGAAAUCUCAUCCGUCCCGCUUUAUAUCAGAGCCCACUACAAGUAGGCUCAUGCCCCCAGUUCCCAUUACUCGACUAUACUCGGCUCCUAUUGGACAGAGCAAGAGGGUAUUUGAUGGCGUUGUGCUUCCUACCUUGCGUCAGGUUGUUGCCGCGGAACGGAGUUUGGAGUUGUCAACAAGAAGUUCAGCUGAGACGUUCCAAUUCAAUGAUCCGCACCGCUCAGUUCAAACACUCUCGAUUGCAUCUGAUGAUUCUGAUGAUUACGACAGCUGGGAGAUUCGUUGCGCUGAGAUAGGCUUCUCAGAAAUGGAGGUCGACAAUUCCCUUGCCGGAGUUCCUUGGGACUCUCUAAUGGAGAGUAACAGUAUUUUGCAAGAAGGAACUAUGAAAGCGCAAGCAGCACCGAGGACGGAGCAACGCUCUAAAUCACAAGAAGCUAGUCAACAUGUCACUCAAUAUCCCACACCAUUGAGACGUUCAAAUACUGGUUCUGGUCAUCUGGAUGCAUUGCGCGAGGCGUACGCCGCGGUCGCUAGUGGGGGUUCUCAGAUACCGGUACAUGAACUGGUUCAAGCUACCAGGCUCGUCCACCAGAUCGGUGCGGCCCUUUCUGAACGGAUGAAUAAGCAGUUUGGAGGUUCUUCAUGA